AUGAAGUUAUUCCUCUUGGGACAAUCUUUGCUUUGGUCUCUGGUUGCCGCCGAUGCAUCGAACUUGAACUCCAAGGGCGACGGCUGCGUUGACCCGAGUGGAUACCUCAAAUGUUAUGAAGACAAUAUCAACACUCUCGCCACAUGCAUGGAUGAUGCGAAAAAGACUUGCUUAGAUGAUGAGUACAGCAUAUGUGUUCUGGCCUGCGGAAAUGUUCAGUUGGCUGCGAAUAUUGGAUGUUGGUUGACCAGCUGCUGGAAUGAGGUUUAUUCAUGCGCAUACCAAGAAACAGCCCUACAAUACCUCAUUGGCGCAGAUCGGACCCAAGGAUCCCAAAUACCUUAUUACCCUGCUCCGGAUAACGCGCCUGGUGGAUGUGGCAAUAUCUGGGGAAACUUUACCGAAACCUACGCCCUCAAUGCACCUUGUGAGGAUUAUGCUUUAGAUGGUGUUCUCUCUGAGGUGGCUAGUUGCCAGUGCUGCUGGGAUUCAUCUUUCCUAUCCGAAUUUAUCGAAUGGUGCCCCCACAACGACCUCUCCUUCAUCGCCAUCGACACGAUGGUGGAAACCUUUCAAAUUGGUUACAAUGAGUCCGCCUCUGAUCAGUGUUCCAUUCUUUCCGAUCCUAAAGAGUGUGUUGCGUCUUUCAGCCUGGACACUGGUGCAUCGACGUGGUACAACCCAGGUGACCUUCCAUCUGGGUUUCCAGGAACAGCACCUCUAUCCACCACUACCGAUGCGGGAAGCCUUACCAGUGCGCCAGAUCCGUAUACGUUCUCGAUCUUUCCAAGCUAUAUUACCGUCAUUACCCCAGUGCCAUAUAACAAGAAGAACGCGGAGGAAACAGGGACGGGAACUGCAGCUCAAACAGAGGCUACUGGAGGGACCGGAACUAAUGGCGCGACUGGAACAGAUGUCGGGACUGGAACUGCUACUGGGAAGAACGCCGCUUCAACUAGUUCAGGAGCUGCAAACAACAUUGUAUCGCCCAUGAGCACUACAUCUGGUAUCUGGUGUCUAGCCAUCUACACAGUUGUCCCUGCACUCUUUGGUGCAAUGCUAAUUUUGUAG